AUGCCCAAAGAAAUUAUAUCACUUGAAAUAGGAAAAUGUGGGCAUGAAAUUGGGACUGCUUUUACCAACAAUAUAAUCCAAGAAUGAGCUGUUUAUAACCCUUUAGAAAUCCCUACAGAAUCUGAAAGAAAAUCCAAUGAGUCUGCAAAUCCUUUUCUAUCAGAUUUUAAAAAAAUUUUAUUUUCUUCCAGCAGCAGUGAAAUCCACCAAAGGUCUUUAUAUAGUUCAAUUAUAUCAGAUAUUCCAGAAGCCAGCCACAAUUGAGCUAAAGGAUACUUGCAAUCAGGGCAAAGCCAUGGAGAAGAGUUUCUUGACAAAAUCACAACAAUUGCUGAACAAUGUGAAUCCCUUGACAAUUUUUUAUUAAUUCACAGCAUAGGCGGAGGCCUUGGUAGCGGUCUUGGGUCUUUUCUGCUGAAUUUAUUAUCUGACCAUUUCCCUGAGAUUUUCCGCAUUAAUUUUUCAGUUCUCCCUGAAAAUUCUUAUGAAGUCGGGCCUUAUAACGCAGUUUUAGCUAUGAAAGAAAUGACGGAAUAUGCUGAUUGUGUUUAUCAAAUUGAUAACCAAGCUUUAUUAGACAUAAUUAAAAAAAAUACAGAAGGAAACCCAGAAAUUAAUGCAAGCACCAAUUAUAUUACGAUGAAUAAUAUAAUUGCAAGCUACUUAUCAGAUUUAACGUGCUCUAUUAGAUAUCAAGGACUGCUGGGGAUGAGUCUUAAAGAAAUUUCGUCUAAUUUAGUCCCAUUUCCGAAUUUGCAAUAUGUUUCUGCUGCUAAAGCACCGAUAAGCUCUAUAAUAAACAAUAUUCAUGAUGAUAAAUCACUAGUACAGAUUUUCAAUGAAAUUACUGAUGAAAAUAGUUUAUAUUGUUUUGGGGUAAAUAGAGAUAAAAAGGUCCCCUAAAUUAUUAUUUUUUUAAUUAUAAUUAUGGACAUUAUCAGCUGAAAUUGUAUAAUAAAACUCUCCUCAAAAAAUUCUGUCUAUUUGGCUAAUGCAUUAAUCUUCAGAGGAAAUGCUACAAUUUACGAUAUCCAAGCAAACACAAACCGGCUAAAAAACUCCCACAAAAUGGUCGGCUGAAAUCCAGAAAACUUCAAAUUGGCCUUAUACAAUGAAUCCCCUCUCCACAUCCCUAUAUCCGCAUUGAAGCUUUCCAAUGGAAAUUCUAUAAACUCUUAUUUCUCCAGCCUUAAGCAGCGAUUUUUAAAACUCCACAAAAAGAAAUCCUUUAUCAGCAGCUAUACCCAGUAUAUGGACAGUUCUUUAUUCAGCUCAUCCUUAUCAAGCUUAGAAGAACUAAUGGAAAGAUAUACCGCCAACACUCAGCAGCUUGAGGAGCCUACCUUUUCUCGUUUAAAAAUGAUAGUUUAA